UUUUUUGGAGUUAUGUUAUAAAAACUUGUUUGAAAACCUUUUGGGAAACAAGCAUCUGGUGAUACGAACAUUUGAGCACAGUAACGGAGCUACAUGUACAUACAUGUAUAUAGUCUUGUGUACAAAAUACUGAGUGACUUUUGAGGCAUCAAAUCACAUCUCAUAACUGCUCAUUAUAUCGCAGGCAGUGCGCAGUUUUACCUGCAAAGUAGAUUCGUUACUCAAAUUCAGUUGGUACUUGUGAUAAGUUCAGCUUCGAAGGAAAAUCACUGUUGUUGUUUUUUGAGGAAAAAAAAAAUGAAUUCAAACUACAAACUUGUUGUUGUUGGUGACGGUGCCGUAGGAAAGACGAGUCUCCUGUUCUCCUACGCGAGGGGGCGAUUCUUGACCGACCACAUCCCGACGGUGUUUGACACAUAUUCCGUGACGGUGUCUGUUAAGAAUCAACAUCAGCCAGUCCAGUUAACAAUAUUCGAUACGGCCGGACAGGAAGACUACGAUCGCCUUCGACCUCUCGCCUACCCAACCACCGACAUCUUUCUCGUCUGCUUCGCCGUAGACUCUCCCGAGUCGCUGGAGAACGUCAGCGACACUUGGGUGCCUGAGAUUCGGCACUACUGUGGGCGACACAUUCCUUUCGUCCUAGUCGGAUUGAAGACGGAUCUUAGAACGAAUGACCCAGGGGAAACGCGCAAAUCUUGGAGGAAGAAGGGGAGGCGGGUAUCAGGCGAUCAGGUGACACGCGAGAUGGGGGAGGCGGCAGCCAGACGACUUGGAGCCGUAGCUUACAAGGAGUGCUCGGCGCUGACUCAAGAUGGGAUCAAAGCUGUGUUUGACGAGGCACUGAUAGAGGUCGCCCUCAGGCGUCCGGCCAGGCGUCGACGGUGCCGCACUAGGGGGAGGAGCUGCGGUAUCAGACACUCUAUAAGAAAGAUGAUAUACUCGCUUGCAUGAAAUGGAACGAUUGGGUGUGGUAGGAACCAGGAGGUGGGGGUGCGCACACUGGAAUUCUAAGGCGCUGAGUGGGUUACGUAAUUUUUGUUAUUAAAAUGGUGCUCUCUUUCCUCCUCAAAAUUCUGAGCAGAAGGCACACAGGCCUUCAGGGCUUGGCAUGGGGCCGGAGGGGGGGGGGCGGAUGAGCCCGUGUUCGCUUAGUACUAAAAACGCCGCAGCAUAGGGAAAGCUACCUCGAUUCCAAAAUAACUUUGAGUACAUGAAUAUAAUACAAUCAAUCUUUAUUAGCGAUGUCCACUUACUCAAUAAUGUUAACGGAAAGCUGACAAUCCAUUAAUAAUCAUAAUAAUAAUAAUAAUAAUAACGGGUACUUAAUUAUAGCCCUCUUAUUGAUCAAAGUGCUUUACAUUAUCAUUGAGCCAAUGAAACAUUCAAAAAUACAAUCGCAGCUUCCUGGGGAAUAUACAGCUCUACCCAACUAUCCCUUCCCUCACAGGUACCCAUUUACUCCUGGGUGGGGAGAAGCAAUGAGUGACAAAGUGCAUUGC